AUGGCACCAGCACCGAUCGACCCGGAGAUCAAAGACUUCGUGGUCCCUAAAAAGGAUACACUCGACUUACCUGAGCCGGCUUAUAAAAGAUUGGUCAAGGCAGGAAUCGAUCUCUCGAAUGGUUAUCCAUAUCGGCCGUACCGACCUCUAUAUCUCCAAGAUGUGUACAAUAUCCGUAACAAGGAGCGGAAGCACAUCGACGCAGGAGCUCGAGCAGACAAGUCGAAGAGUGCAUUACUUUCUGCUGCCACCAAAGUGACCGACCUGACUACGCAUAUUGGCACGGAGAUCGAAGGGCUUCAACUGAAAGAUCUCACGGAUCAGCAGAGGGACGAACUGGCUUUGCUGAUUGCCGAGCGCAGUGUGGUAUUUUUCCGAGAUCAAGAUAUCUCGCCUCAGCAGCAAAAAGAGCUGGGGGAGUUCUAUGGCGAAGUUGAGAUCCAUCCUCAGGUCCCUCAAGUGCCGGGCGUACCCGGUGUUACUGUAAUCUGGCCGGCUCUCCAAGCCACUGAGGUGGCAGCUAGUUUUCGAAAACCCGGUGGUGCGUCUCGAUGGCACACAGACCUCGUACAUGAGCGGCAGCCAGCUGGUAUUACACAUCUGCACAACGAUACCGUUCCGCCCGUCGGAGGCGACACUCUUUGGGCCAGCGGAUAUGGGGCAUAUGAGAAACUAUCACCGGAUUUUCGCAAGCUGAUCGACGGGAAACUCGCGGUAUACAGGUCGGCGCAUCCAUAUCUAGAUCGGGAGAACCCGACGGCUGGUCCCAAGUACAUCGAGCGGACUCAUCCACUAGUCCGGGUACAUCCAGCAACUGGUUGGAAAGCGCUCUGGGUCAACAGAGCAAUGACAGAUCGAAUCGUUGGUCUUGACAAGGCUGAGAGCGAUUUGAUCCUGGGGUAUCUUUUCGACGUCUAUGAGAAGAAUGUCGACAUCCAGGUCCGGUUCAAAUGGACACCCGGGACCAGUGCGUUGUGGGAUAACAGAAUCACAAUUCAUAAUGCCAGUUGGGAUUAUGGUGGAAAUUAUCCCCGCCAUGGCACCAGAGUGACGGCUCUUGCAGAGACGCCUUUCUUUGAUCCCCGUGCACCCACACGGCGAGAGGCGUUGGGACUUUUGGGUCCAGACGAAAAGCAGGUGGAUGGAAUUUUAGUGGAAGUUUGA